UCCGCCAGCGAUAUUUUAGAUAAAGGGUAUGUCCCUGACACAAGAAUUCCUCUUAGUCGUCUACGUGUGAUGCACUUGAGAAAUGGCGUGAUUAUGACAUAGAUUACGCAGGCCUAAGGCUGCUACACAACAGGUUAAGCCCAUCCAGGUGGAGUUCGCCUCGCAAAACCUCGCAUUCUCGCUUUCCAGCUCGGCCAGGCGAUCUGGACCACACUUGGUUUUCCCUCUCAUAAAUCUUUCUGAAAUUCGGCAUUUUUGAGAUUGCUCGGGAAAAAUUGGGUUAAUUUUUAUAUUCCUACCGAGGCCCUGGUUUGCUUACAUCGAAGCUGUGGUACAGAGUAAAGAUGAAAUCGGUGUUGUUUGUUUGUGUGGUGAUCUGUCUGACGGACAUCGCUGCAGUCCUGGGCUCGCGACCGGCCAGUCGCCACAGAAGGGACAGAUUCACAGAUUAUUUAAUGCAUAUGGGAAGGAGAGGGAUAACAUAUGGGAGGCAGGCUGCUUCGUUUAUGUUAAACAAGGCUGACACGGAUGACGAAGACUUGACAGAAAGCGUUGGCAGUGGCCAGGGGCCGGAUAACACGGACAAUCCAGGAGAUAUUCUGGACUACUUCAAAGAAGUCCCUCGAUCUCACUGGUCUUGUUGCAUGUUGGGAAGAUUAGCGGGAGAUAAGGGCUUCCACUGCCAUGCGCAGUUGUACAAGUCAGCCCUACAAUCAAGGAACAGAAGCAGGGGGAAUUACCGGAAAACAAACUUGUAUGGCAGAUAUUAUGCUUCAAGAUACGGGAAGGAGCUUAUGUACACGUUCCAGAAAUGCUUGGCUAGCAGGGCGAAUGAAUUUAAUAAAUGUUGUUAUGCGGCUACAGUGGAGCGGCGCGAAAUGCACCGAUGGCACAUGUACCACGAGUAUAAGGUCUCUAUCAGAGGUUAUUAAUGUUCGCUUCUUACUCACAAUCUUAUACAUUUGACUUUUUCUUUUCAGAGCUUAUAACUUUUACCACAGUACUGAUUUACUUCUGGGGUAAAACAUUGGCUUAUCUGGAACAAGAGAUAUGACAUAUCGGUAUAACAGGUAGAUAGUUACAGCUAGGAGUAAAAAGUAAAAGUUUUCUCUGGAAAAAAACUCCACAUAAGGUAACGGUCAUGGGAGUUAUCAUCAAUACACAGAACUAUCAAGCUGAUUUUGAGAGCGAUUUGACAAAGCGCUGGUAGCGUUACGUGCACAUAACCAUACAUAAUGAUCAGUGCAACUGAUACUGCUAACGUUUAUGAAACCAACCUGAGGGCGUACAGGACAAUGUUCCACUAGCCUAUAAGGUAACCAUUACUUUUAAGGCAAUAAGCAGGUUUCGGGAUACGACUUUACGACAACAGAGUGAGGUCCCUUUGCGACUUGACGUCAACACUUUGCAGCACCAUGGGUUUAAUCUCCCAGUCUUAACACGGAUGGUAUAUGGAAUAUAGAAAAUCAGUUCAACAUGGUUAGAUUAUUUAUAUGAUUUAUGUUGCUGCUUAGAUUUGGGUGUCAAAUAUUGGCAAAAAAUACCAUUCUGCCUGUAGUGUUGUCUAAACAUGAAUACGGUCAUGUUUAAAGAUAGUCUGGCAGCCGUGCCGUGCCGUAAAGCGGCGACUUGACUUUGCACUUGAAGCUGUGUAUUAGGUGUAGGCUAACACGGCUGCUAAGUUCUCUUUAGGUUAAGCAAUGCUUGUACAAAGGCACCAACAUCUAUACACUAAAACUCAAGGUUUCAGUCUCUUCAGUUUGUGUUCCAGAUGACACUAUAAUUAACAUAGAAAUUAUUUGUUUGUGUUAAUGACAUUGCCAGUCUUUGGCUGUUUAUAGCUAACAACACAUAGUACCCUCUACUGAAUGGAUUAGAAAAUCCCGCAGGACGGCGAUAUUAUCAUAGAAUAUAAGUAUGUAAUAUUUAAUAUGAUUAUUUCAUCUGAUUUCGUCAUAAUAUCACAGGCGAAAAGCAGUCAAAAUCGAGGAACAGUCCCGGUGGAAGUAUGGUGUGUUAAUUGUACAAAUGUUAAUUCGUGUUGUACAUGAAGGACCGUGAAAAAUUUAAAAAUAAUCUAAGUGUCAUUAAAUUUGUAUAUUUGUCCGAUAGAACUGUUACUGGGGCAGUUGGGGGCAUGUUGAAUUCCAGAUCACAGCCUUGGGAAAAGGCUGUGGGCUCACUGCCGAGAGCAGAACAAGAUUAUUGUUAAAUACAAUUUAAAUACAAAAUAAAGUCCUCAUUAUAGUCUUAUAGUCAGAUACAGCUCUUUGGUGAAUAAACUGAACAGAAUAUUUCUCGUCGAUUAUAAGGUAAUCGCGUGUUAAACGGGUCAGUAUAUUCUAGUAUAUGUUCCAAAACUGUAUUUUAUCGAUGAUUAAUAAACUGAUAGAACCCAGCGU